GGAAUAUCUUUUUCUAAAGAUACUCAUACUGCAGUAAAAGACGAAGUGACGAACAACAAAAACCAACAUAUUGCGGGACAGACAUUUUGUCUCUGUUUGCUUUCAUUGGCUCAGCAGAUUAGUGUGAAAGCUGCCAUUAGAGGGUUUCCUUGAGACUUGCUUGUGAGGUUUAAGCUGGGGCGGUUGGAACAGAGGUUCUUGCCAAGGGUCAAAUCAUUAAAGGAGCUCGUGAGGAAGUUGAAAUUCCUCUUUUCUCGAUGGUGCUUGGAAAAUGGCUUGGGAGUUCUCUUCUGCUUCUAGUAGGCUUUUCUAUGAACGCAUUAGGUGCAUUUCUUGGGAUAAACAUUGGGACGGAUGUCUCCAAUAUGCCACCAGCUUCAGAUGUGGUUGCAAUCCUUAAAGCCAAUCAAAUAACUCAUGUCCGCCUAUAUGAUGCUGAUGCACACUUGCUGAAAGCUCUAGGAAACAGUGGGAUUGAAGUGGUGGUUGGCGUCACUAAUGAGGAAGUCCUUGGGGUUGGUGAAUCUGCGUCAACAGCAGCAGCUUGGGUUAAUAAAAAUGUCGCAUCUUACUUGCCUUCAACCAACAUUACUGCCAUAGCUGUCGGCAGUGAGGUUCUUACUUCAAUCCCCAAUGCAGGUUCUGUUCUGGUUCCUGCUAUGAAUUACCUUCAUAAAGCUCUAGUUGCUGCAAAUCUAAAUUUCCAGGUCAAAGUUUCAACCCCACAAUCAAUGGACAUUGUUCCCAAGCCUUUCCCUCCCUCCACUGCCACGUUCAAUUCUUCAUGGAACUCUACAAUUUACCAACUCCUUCAGUUUUUGAAAAAUACUAACUCUUUUUACAUGUUGAAUGCCUAUCCAUAUUAUGGGUACACUAAUGGGGAUGGCAUUUUUCCACUGGAGUAUGCUCUCUUUGAACCACUUUCUGCAGUCAAGCAGAUUGUUGACCCGAAUAAUCUUUUCCACUAUAGCAGCAUGUUCGAUCAAAUGGUGGAUGCUAUCUAUUACUCUAUAGAAGCAUACAAUAUUUCUGGGAUUCCCAUUGUUGUCACUGAAACCGGCUGGCCUUGGCUUGGUGGCACCAAUGAACCUGAUGCCACUGUGGAAAAUGCUGAGACCUACAAUGAUAAUUUGGUCCGUCGAGUUCUAAAUGAUUCAGGUCCUCCUAGUCAGCCUGAUAUUCCCAUUAACACAUACAUUUAUGAGUUGUUUAAUGAGGACAAGAGAUCUGGGCCUGUGUCGGAGAAAAAUUGGGGAAUUUUCUUCACGAACGGGUCUGCUGUUUAUCAACUUAGCUUGAGUACUUCCGAUCAAAUUACUGGAAACUCUUCUGUGACUUUUUGUGUGGUAAGACAAAAUGCAGAUUCUAAUAAAUUACGAGAUGGGCUUAAUUGGGCUUGUGGUCAAGGCCAGGCAAACUGCUCUCGCAUCCAACAAGGGCAGCCAUGUUAUUUACCUGAUACUCUCCAGAAUCAUGCGUCUUAUGCAUACAAUGAUUAUUAUCAAAAGAUGCACAGCGUCGGUGGAACAUGUGAUUUUAGUGGUACUGCAAUGACAACUACUGUUGAUCCCAGUUAUGGAUCCUGCAAGUUUACAGGAAGUUCUAAUUCGAGCAGCGGAGGUGCAUUACUGCCUCCUGAGGCAUUUGGUCCAAUAAGUCCCCAGGGAGGGAGCCCAAGCUUGCAAGUUUCCAAGUUUCAGUGUCUAAUAUCAGCAAUAUGUCUCGCUCUAGUGUUGCUUAGUUUAUCAGAGAGGUGUAUUUGAUUUCGCUCCCUGCCUUUUAAAUGGUUAAAAAAAUGCCUGAGAUUACAUUGUAUUAAAGUCAUAGCCUCAUAGGCAAUGCACAAAGUUCAAUUUGUUGAUGUAUUGUAGAAGGGACCCCCCAUCCCUCACAAAAGAAGUGUUCUUGUAUUUUUCACUGUCAAUCACCAAAUUUUGUACCACUUUAGUUUCUUCUUUUUUACCCCCAUUUUUGUGUAUUAUGGAAAUGUGGGGUGGAUUGUUAUUUGUAAUUUUUGUUCUGUGAGUAGUGACUCUUGAAAAUUUUUCUU